AUGUUACAACAUCAACAGCAGUCGGCACAAGUACCUCAAGGUUACUACGAUUACAAUCAACCAAGUCCCGGGAGUAUAACCAAUCCAGAUUCCCUAAAUAAUACUCCAUUCUCAGUUAAGGAUAUAUUGAAUAUGGUUAAUCAAAACGAAGACUACGAAGCGUAUGGUACAAUGGAAAGCCCUUUACAGGCCAAUUCUGGAUAUUCUAACGACUACGAUACCCGCGGCUACGAUCCUUCUCAUACGCUGUCACCCAUGGUGCCACAUGGUCAUCACUUACCGCCAUCGGCUGGCGGUCCAUCACCGGCCCAAUUCUAUUCCAGCUAUCAGGACUACAACACAACGCCCCUAAUCACACAUGCGACACACGCCGCCCCGACAACCCAUCCUCAUGCCCAUCAAGGUUAUCAGGGGUAUAAUACUGCUGCAGUGGCGGCUGCUGCUGCUGCAGCUCAUCCCUACUAUGUUCCACCCACAGCAACAUAUCAGCCACCAGGUUAUCCACUGCAAAGUACCCAGCCAAUGUAUCAUCAAUAUAACGGUUAUGGUACGGAUGCCUAUCAAACGCAUGUGGCCCCACAAAAUGGUACAGUGGCAACAACUCUACCCUCUCAUCAUAUGUCCCACAUCGAUUUGACCCAGUCAAGUGUGAAGAGUGAAUAUGUACCCACGCCGUAUGUAACACCCUCCCCAACCUUGGAUCUGAAUAGUUCGACAGAAGUCGAUUUGAAUACCCCCUCGUCGGGACAGAAAAAGUCACCAAUCGGCAAUACCAAUAACACUAAUAAUAAUCCACCUCCCGCCAAUCUACAAAGUCUUAUGGAGACGGCAAAUAAUUCGAAUUCGCUGAGAAAUAUUUCGACGGGUUUGCCAGCGGGACCAUUGUAUGAGCAGGCAUCGUUGGUUGCAAGAUCGGCGGAUUUGAGUAAAAGAAAAGAUAUAUCACAAGUGACAUCAUCCAAAUCGGAACUACGUAAAAAUGGUAAACCACGAUCGAAACGUAAGCCACGUGUAUUGUUCUCACAGGCCCAAGUAUUAGAGCUGGAGUGUAGAUUCCGUAUGAAAAAAUACCUCACCGGGGCUGAGCGAGAAGCCAUCGCCCAAAAAUUAAAUCUCUCACCGACACAGGUGAAAAUUUGGUUUCAAAAUCGUCGCUACAAAUCGAAACGCGGUGAGAUCGAAGAACCAGCCUCCCUGAAACACAAAGCUGCUGAAUUGCCACCGCAGAACAUUUCCAUGUGGGGUCAUCAUGCUGCCAAUCAUUUGAUGCAACAAACUGCGACGGCGCAUCACAUGCACACACAUCCACAUGCGCAGCAUACAAUGUAAAACAUUAAGCAAUAAUUAUUAUUAAUUUUUAUUUUUCUGUUUUUUUAUUAAUUA